AAAAAUAAGGACAGUUGUCAACUCAGCCUGUCGCCAUGAUAAGCAACGUCAUUUAAUUUCAACGGACAGUGUCUCGGGAAAGGUUCUCGAAAAUGGCUACCAACCUCGUCUUUGUGUACGGCACCUUGAAGCAGAAUGAACCGAACCAUCACUGGCUAACCGACAAGGAAAAUGGAGAGUCUAAGCUUGUUGGGAAGGCGACGACCCAAGAACGAUAUCCUCUUGUCAUAGCUUCAAGAUUCAACAUUCCAUUUUUGUUAGCUGCUCCGGGAAAAGGAGAGCACGUUGAAGGCGAGGUAUAUGAGGUGGAUGAGAAAAUGAUGUCAAAUUUAGACAUUCUGGAGGAUCAUCCCAAACUUUAUGAGAGAAAGAAAAAUAAAAUGACGUUAGAAACAACGGGUGAAGUAAUCGAGAGUUGGAUCUACCUACUACACAAGUACCGUCCAGACAUGCUUGAUUUACCAAUGUUAAAAUCUUACUCAUCAAAGGGUUCACAUGGGAAGGAAUACGCUGCGAGUGAAGAUGAUUUGUCUGAUCCAGAAAACAUAUGAUACGAAAGAAGCAAGAAGUUCUACACCAGAGGCCUGGAGAUUGCGUGGCAUGUUUGAUGUUUAAUUCCUUUCUUAACCCAUUGGCUGUGGAUUGACAUACAGUCCAUAGUAUUUUUGCUUUGUUUUUAUUUUUUCUGUACACAGAUAGCUCUUAGCUACAAAUCA